AUGACCAGGGGUGCUUGGAUGUGUCGGCAGUAUGACGACGGGUUAAAAAUCUGGUUGGCGGCACCCCGGGAGAACGAGAAACCGUUCAUCGAUUCAGAGAGGGCUCAGAAAUGGCGACUGUCUCUGGCAUCUCUCUUGUUUUUCACAGUCCUGCUCUCUGAUCACUUGUGGUUCUGCGCCGAGGCCAAGCUGACCCGGACCCGGGACAAGGAGCAGCGGCAGCAGCGGCAGCGGCAGCAGCAGCAGCAGCGGCAGCGGCAGCAGGAGCCCUCCUGGCCCGCGCUCCUGGCGAGCAUGGGGGAGCCCUCGCCCGCCGCCCAGGCGCCCAGACUCCUCGCCGCCGCCUCGGCCCCCGCCCUGCCCCCCUCCCCGGGAGCCGGCGGGGGCGGCCAGGGCAGCCGAGGCAGCAGCAGCCGGGGCGAGGCUCUUGUGCUGGGGCACUCUGCCCAGCCCGUGUGGCGCCUGGAGACCUGUUACCCCCAGGGCGCCUCCUCGGGCCAGUGCUUCACCGUGGAGAGCGCGGACGCCGUGUGCGCCAGGAACUGGAGUCGGGGGGUGGCGGCCGGGGGGGAGGAGCCGCAGGUGAGGGGGACGCAUCCAACUCCGCUCUGGAACUUGUCGGAUUUUUACCUUUCAUUUUGUAAUUCCUACACACUUUGGGAGUUGUUCUCGGGGUUGUCCAGCCCCAACACUUUGAACUGUAGUCUGGAUGUGGUGCUCAAGGAGGGCGGUGAGAUGACCACUUGCAGGCAGUGCGUCGAGGCUUACCAAGACUACGACCACCACGCUCAGGAGAAAUACGAAGAGUUUGAAAGCGUGCUCCAUAAAUACUUGCAGUCGGAGGAGUACUCGGUGAAAUCGUGUCCUGAGGACUGUAAGAUUGUCUACAAAGCCUGGCUGUGUUCCCAGUAUUUUGAAGUCGCACAGCUGAACUGCAGAGAGACAAUUCCUUGCAAGCAAUACUGUUUGGAGGUUCAGACGAGGUGUCCGUUCAUAUUGCCCGACAAUGAUGAAGUCAUCUACGGGGGACUCUCCAGUUUCAUCUGUACAGGGCUCUACGAAACCUUUCUAACCAAUGAUGAACCAGAAUGCUGUGACGUCAGGAGAGAGGCAAAAUCCAACACCCCCUCCAAGGGGACGGUGGACAGAGGCGGCUCUUGUCCCAGGACGUCGCUCCCAGCUUCAGCGGCACCCAGGCUGGGCCCCAGCAGACUCAGGCUGUGUGUCCUCGUGCUGAUACUCCUUCACACAGUUCUCACGGCCUCGGCGGCGCAGAACGCCACGGCCCUGGGCUUCGGGGGCGUCCACGCACUUGACGAGCGCUCGGCCAGCAAGGAGUAA